CUAUCAAAGACUUUGACUUGAAGUAUUCUACCCCGAUCCACAUAAAUCAUAAUGGGUUCACCAAUUUUGUCCUUAGGAACAGUAACUUUAAAAAUAUUACUCUUGGACAAGAGUUAGUAGAAAGUGGAAGCCUUGCAAGUGGCUCUUGAAAGAGUUACACAUUGGAGAAUAUUCAAUUUGAGAAUAUUCUCAUUAGUAAUAAAGGCCUCUUGGAUAUCAUUACCAGAAACGGGAUAACUAUCUCAAAUCUAAGUUUUGUGAACACUCAAUUCCUUUCUCCUUUAAAAGCAGCACUGAUAAGAAUGGAGAUAUCUGAAUCAGGGGAUAUCAAUGCUUCAAACUUGACCAUAGUUGACGGAAUAAUGGUUUUCUCCAAGACCCUUCUUGAGAUGUCCAACACUUAUGGAAUUACCACUCUCUCAAAGCUAAAUAUCACUUCAUUCAAAGCUUUUCGAGAUUGCUCGUACAUCAAGCUGCUUCAAUCAAAUCAGACUUUUCUGAACAAUAUGGUGUUUACUCAUCUAUACCCAGAACCUGCAGAGGAUGAAUCAUGAGUGAUUAUGGACCUCAGAAAGAUAUCUUCAGUAAUAUCCAAUAACAUCACGAUUAAUUCGAUGAUUUGCACUGAUUCUGUGGUGAAAACUCUUCUGAUGUCAAAUCCUUCCCAAAGAAAAGACAUUGAUCAGUAUAUCUUCAUCAAUGGACUUAUCCUUCAAAACAUCAUUAAUAAAAGAAGAGAAGGAAUGAUUGACUUAUAUGAUAUUAAUUCUAAAGGCAUUUUUAAAGUCGUCUUUGACGGCUUCAUAAUGAGGAGAAUAAUUGUUGGCAUAACAUCUACUGAAAUCCCAUAUGAUGAAGAAGGAAAUAUUCUGUACGAUGACAUUCCUAUAGAUCCAGCAAUAUACUCGAGAAUUCUUGAAUUCCAUCACCAAACUGAGGAGCCUAUUGAGAUGCGAAAUUCUCUCUGGGAGGAAUGUAAAAACUUUAUGAUAGAGACUCUGCCACAUGACUCUUCACUUCCUAUAAAGACUAAAGUAGCUUUUCAUAAUAUUACAGUCAGAAAUAUGGAUUUCACUACUGUAGAUUUCAUUGUUGUUCUUGGAGUUUCAGACAUUGUGAUGACAAAUUCACGUUUCUACAAUAAUGCCAAUAUUUGGAGAGGAAUCUUCGUCUUUGUGUUGGUAAAGAAUUCUCAUACCUACAUUUCAGACUCUGAGUUCUAUAACAAUACUACUCCAUCAGCUGCUCUCUUUAGUAUUAAUACAGGAGCAUCUCUUACUUGUAUCAGAUGUAACAUGACCAACAAUUUUGGAAUUGGGAGUGGAGUCAUAGAAACAUCUCAGGGUGGAAAUUUUGUCUUCAUAGACUCACAUUUCGAAAACAACUUUGGAUACAUAACAUCUGUAGGAAUUGUAGAUCAGUCAGAUAAUAGUUCAUUGGUCAGUAACUGAACUUUAAAGAAUAAUUUUGUUGUCAGCAAAGAGCAGGUUCUCAAUGAAGUUCUCAAUUAUGACUACAUACCACAAUCCUUCAAAGAUUUUAUAUUAGCUUUUCCUCAUCUCUUAGAGCAAAGAAGAAAGAGAACUUUAUUUAGUAUAGAGAGAGGGCUCUUUGAAAUUACAGGGGACACAAAAAUAGAGCAGACUGAGGGAAUUUUAUUUUCCGUUGGAUCAACAAUCAACAUUAACAAUUGUACUAUCUCAAAUAUUGUGACGCAAUGGUACUUCUUUGAUGUCAUCGAGUCAGAUGUCUUGUUAGAUAGAGUCAAAAUGAAGACUGUCAAAAAGGAGAUAGUAGAUUAUUCUUCUAUUUUCAGAUCAAUCAGUUCUAACAUUACAAUCCAAAAAUGUCAAUUUGAGGAUAUUCACAUUCCAGUUAUGUAUGGAUCUGUUUCUAGAAUCGUACUAUCAGACAUGUCUGUAUUUUCCAGUUUCUUGCUGAAACAAAACAUGCUGUGGCUUUGGUCUUGCCCAUCAAUAAGAAUAAAGCAAAUUAGCGUUACUACUACCCAAGUUAGCGUUCCAUUAUACAUUAUAAAGAAAUCAAGAAUAGAAGCUAUAGAAGAUACUUAUAUUAUAGACAUUGGAUGCUCUCCAUUUCUAGUGCAGAGGUCUGUCCUUGAAUUAGUAAGAAAUGUCACAAUCAUUAAUGCUCUCAGAGGAAUUAAAAUUUAUGAAUCUAUUGCUCCUAACAUCACAUCCAGUUCUUUCUCCUCUAGUGGCUUCACUGGCCAACUUUAUGGUGGUUCCAUUAUAAUCAGAAGAAGCAAUGUUACCAUUGAAAAUUGAGUUUUUGUAGGAAAUCAAGCUCAGACUGGAGGAGCCAUCAGUAUCACAUGAGUGAUCGGUGAAAAAUGUUUUAACUAUAUCUCCAAUACUUCGUUUAUCGGGAACAUUGCUUACGUUCAAGGAGGAGGAAUAAACUAUAAUACUUACCCUCCCAUUCUGUCAAAUGUGAGUUUCGACUCUAACAUUGCUCCUUAUGGGGCCGAUAUUGGAAGUUAUGCCCUUGAUAUUAUCUUUGAAAAGACAAACUCAACUUUUAUGAGCAUUGACAAUGUUGGAAGUGGAAUUCCUCUGGCUCAGAAUAUUACUGUCAAAGUCAUUGAUCAUGAAGGCCAGGUAAUGAACCAGCUUAAUGAUGGAGUUAUAAUAAUGUCAUAUGCUAAUACUCCUGGCCAAACCUCCAGCUCGAAAGGAAUCCUUGGAAUAGAUAGAGCUGCGAUUCUAAAUGGAACAGCUGUAUUUACUGACAUUGCCUUACUUGCUCCUCCAGGAUCUCAAAAAGUGAGGUUUCAUGUGGAAUCUAAUAAUGUUAAGAACAAGAAGGCUAUCUAUAACAUUUCUAGUGAAAAUAUUUAUGAGUACACUUCAAGUUUAGUAGUAAAUUUCAGGUACUGAAUUCCAGGUGAGAUGCAAGAGAAUGAAAAGUGUACAGAGUGUAGUGCCCUCACUUAUUCUUUGAAAAGCAAUUCAACUACAUGCCACAACUGAAUGGAUAAUGCUCAAUGACUUGGGAAGAAAGCUAUUUCAGUUGAUAAAGGCUAUUGGAGAAAAAGCGAAACAACCUCAGCAGUUGUUGAUUGCCCAAGAAAAGAGUCAUGAGAAGGAGGAUAUCAUCCUGAAAAUGAGUACCCUGUGAAAUGUCAGGAAGGAUAUACUGGCCCAUUAUGUAUUGAAUGAGUAGCAACAGAAGAAAUAAAGUUUCAGCCUAGAACAAAUUUUCAAUGAGGAAAAUGUCCUAAUAAGCUGAUGAAUGCUAUCAGAGUUAUUGGUCUUCAAAUUCUCGUAUUGGCUUUCCUUGGAUUUAUAAUAGUAGUUAAUUUCAAGAAAAAGACAGAAAAUCAACUUUCUAUCCUAAUGAGAAUUUUCACAAAUUAUGUUCAGUUGAUUUCAGCAUCAAUUUCGUUCAACAUUGAUUUUCCAAAAUCAUUUAAUGAUCUUUUCUCUCUCAGUGAUAGACUCAGUUCAGCAGAAUAUUCUUUCUUUUCAUUUGAUUGCUUUAUUGAGGAUUAUGAAGUCAAGCUGUUUGCUCCUUCGAAUGCUCUCUUCAAAAUGAUGCUGUACCUCAUCCUUCCUCUAUUUGUAUUUUUAUUGGUAUCAAUAGGCAUCUCUGCUUGGAGGUUGUUCAUGAAAAUGUUGAAACCAGAGAACCAAUAUGAUAUGAAGAGACUUUUCACAAUUUCAUUCAUCUGUAUAAUGUUCUUGUUCCAUCCAACUUUGAUCUUCCAAUCUCUCAAGGUCUUCCAAUGCAUCAAAAUUGAUGAUGGUGAAUCCAGAAUGAUCAUGUACAUUGAUGCUCAGUGAUACUCUGGAGAACAUCUCAAAUGGAUAUUCAUUGGAGGGCUUCCAAUAAUUCUAAUUUGGGUUGUAGGAAUGCCACUCUCUAUAUUUGUUAUUCUUUACAAGAAUCGCCACAAUCUUGAAAAAGAAAUAAUUCAGAAAUAUUUUCUCAUAGUCUACCAAGGAUUAAAGAGCGAACGCUUUUACUGGGAGAUAUUCAACACUUUCAGGAAAUUCAUGGUGCUUGCAUUUAAUGUGUUUCUAUCAACAGCUGACCCCAACUACAGAGUUUUAUGAGCCAUUAUUUGCCUCAUAAUCAUGAUGAAGGUGCAGGAACGCUUGAAGCCAUACAAAAAUCCAGAGAACAAUAGGAUAGAGAUCAUUGGAAUUAUUGCUGGUUUAAUUACUCUCUAUUGAGGGAUUGUGUUCAUCACCAAAGAAAAAUCGUUAUCAUCAGUCAAGAUGGCAAGUUUACUCUUGUUGGUGGGAAUAAACUGCUACUUUUUACUGUAUUGGGGGUAUCUUGUCUGUUUAUACCUUAACUACAAAAAUAAAUAUUUUGUCGGGUUCCUAAAAUUCUAUCACGCAAUAUUAUGUAAAAAUCCAAAGAAACUCCAGGCUUUUAAAAUAGAAAGCAGCAAUAACAGCAAAGUUGUGAAGAAACUUGUCAAAUAUAAAAAGAAAAAACUAAAUAAAAGAAGAUUAUUCAGAAGAAGAAACAGGAACUACAAAAAGCAUCCCCAAGCCUCUAGACAAAAACCCAACUCUAAGACCUCCCAGAAGCUUCCUUUAUCAAACAUGUCCACCCCAAUAUCCGCCCUAAAACCUUCGAACCUCGACUCCUUCAAACCCAAACAAGAGUCCAACUAACCCUUCCGUCUCCUUGUACGUCCUCAAAAAGAUAACUGAGGAACCUCCUUCUCCAAAAUGGGUAUCUGAAUCUAGUCCAGGUUCUGAAUAAUAAUCUGAAAAGUUUAUAAUUGUUGAUGUU